CCUUUCCCCGCAAUCCGCACCCUCGCUGACAAGCUUCAGGGACCAAGAGCUGCGCUUCACCGUCCACGACUCGCCCGACUACUACCGCAUGAAAGUCUCCGUCUUCAACGACGACAAGAAGACGGAUAUAAUUGGCGAAACCUGGGUGAAUCUGGAGAACGUUGUCGUCCCUACUACGACACCCGACAGGCCACCAUGGAGGCAACGGCAGCAUCGGAGAGGAAAAGGCACAGCACACAUCACAGCCACCUGGGAGGGCCCAGGGAGCAUGCCCCGGUCAAGAGACGCCCGCUCCCUGCUACCGUGGCUACGAGCGUAUCUGCUCCUCCCAUCAUCAUUCCUUCGGACCCUGCAGCAGCUCCGGCACCGGAGAGAAUCCCUCGAGGCUUUCAAACACCCCCACAGACGGCGGCCCCAUUCUCGCCAGACGAUUUCAACAGCUUCGCCCAGCCUCCGAUGGACGAAUUGGGCUACGGGUACCCGGUACAGCCAGUCGGACACCCAUCGCCGUACUCGCGCCGGGGCUCGAUUGCUCCCCCGCACGCGCUCCGGUCUAGCCAAGAAUUCAGGGCAAGGCGCCAGAGCCACCUGGAAAUGCCACACGCGCAUUCGGCCCCAAUAAUUCCUCACUACCACCACGAUCCCGACGUGGGCAUGGACAGGCUUACGCAGUAUCCUCCUGAGCUCCCGCCGUUGGACGGGUACGACUACGACGAGCCCCAAUUUGCGCCUUACGGUGCUGCUUACCGCAAUCUGCAACCUACGGUCGAGGAUGAGGAUGACGCGGCGCCGCCUCCUCCGCCAGCGCAUAGGGCCAGUGCACCGGCGGUACCUGGUGUGACCAUGCCUUCCGAGUAUCCCCCGGAGACUGCCAUGGUUCCCCAAUCGCCACAUUUCUUGCAGGACCCAUACGCCUAUCCUCCUGAGGAUGCAAUUCGUCCUCCUAGCAGCGGCGACCCUUAUGCGAUCCCGUCGGCGUUGGUGCCAGGCUCGGCACCUGCUAGGGCCGCUCACCACCACAGAAUGAGCAUUGGCGCCUAUCCUUCUUCCGGUGGAUACUCCCCUACGAGCUACCCGGCCGAAUAUCAGCCGCCUCAAUGGCCCACCACUCAGUCGCCUCUGGAGUACGGCACCCCACCCAAUUACCCCCCACACCCAAUGUCUCAUGCGGAGUUUGCCCCUGCAUAUUACCCCACUGCAGCUCCCGAACCCAUGCCCCUGGCAAGACGCCCCGUCAGCCCUGGUGUCAGCCCGUCUCGGCACUCGCGCAUUGCGGUGCGCAGCAUCCCGAACCGGAAAUCGGUCUCUCCUCGGCCCCAGACCUCGGACGGAGCCAGCAGGAACCACUUUUCGCCCGACAGCUUCGAGGUGCUCAACCCGGCGGCACGCAACUCGAUGUACAACUUGCACGGGUCCAACCCACACAGCCCGUACACGAUCGAGCGGCCACCGACGGCGCCCAGCCCAGUGCCGACAACGAACCAGAGCCGAGACCUUGACCUGCAUGCGCGCGACGAGGACGGCAACAUCGUCACCAUGGACGGGCGCAAGAUCGACCCGUCGGAUCACCUGCCCGUCGACUCGUGGGCACCCGAGCCUGAGCCCAAGGGCAAGGACCGCGAGAAGCGUACGCCGGUACGGGACAGUCGGUUGACAGGUGCGCGCGAGCCGGGCGCCAUGCCCCGCCAUUAUGGGCCUGGCGAUGCGUCGCCCACAGCUAUGGUGCGCAGCUCGAGGUACUCGAAACGCCAGAGCCAGCCGUUCGCCGCGCCGGGAGCGUAUGGCGCACCGCCGAUUCCGGCGAAGGUGCCGUUUGGCGAUGGCAGGGCUAGCAUGGAUGGCGGCGACAUGACGGCGCUGAGCGAGGAGUUGAGAGGGAUCGAGCUGGGUCCCGCGGGGACGGGGAGGGAUCGUGGACGCUGGCGGAUCAGGAUCGGCCGGGUGUGACGGUGGCGAAGGGAGAGAGAGUAGACAGUGGAUUUCCUUUGUGAUUUCUUUCCACUUUUCCUUUCUUCCUUCUGUUGGGUUCUCUCUUUUCUCUUCUUUUCUCCUUUUUCCUUAUAUUUCCUUUCUUCUACUUCUUGGCUGGGCCUCCUCCUUCCCCAUCCGUGGGCGUGGAGGCUGGGCUUUGUACAUGUACAGACAUACUUACUUUGGUGGGGUUUUUUCGGUGGGUGGACGGGGGUGCGGAGAGGGGUUGCAUACUCGGACUCAGACUCGGACUCAGAUGGAAGACUGGGAGACUGGGAGACGGGAAGACGGGAUGGAUGAACGAAUGAACGGACAUGGGACACGGAUACGGCACGCUACGCUACGCUACGUAUGCACGCACGCAUGCAACGCAACGCAACGCAACGCAACGCAACGUAGACGGGCUCGCUUGCUCGCUCGCACGCAGUUGGCAGCUAGCAGCAGCUACU